GAAAUUAUUAGUAUGUACCCAGACCAUUAUAUAAAAUUCUCCAAAACCACAAAUUGCAACAGAUGGCCGCGGUGGCUAUGGUUGGAUCAGUUGCCAGCCCUAAGAUAGCACAAUAUAACCCAACCUGCCAUUGGAAACAUGAACAAGACUGUGAUAUCCUUGAGGUCCUUCUGUCUCCAGGAUUCAAGAAUGAUCAUCUCAUAGCAGAAUAUGGAGAUGGUGGAACUGUGAGGAUUUCUGGGGAGGGGCCAGAGGGGAAGAUCAACAAGGAAGUCUUAGUUCCUGGAGACUAUUAUAAUUAUAAUACUAAUGAGUUUGAGGCAAGAUACAAGAAAGGUAUUCUUCGUGUUACAUUACCCAAGAAUAAAACCAGAGAUCCUGCACAGGAUAGCAGCAACCUAAUCAGUGAGUCAAACCCCAGCAGUAGCGCUGAAGAAAAGGACACCCAGAAAGCUUCAUCUCAAGGAAAUGUCACAAAGUUUGCAAUCAAUGUUGCAGCGGUAGUGGCAGUGGUUUCUGUUAUCGGCGUCUUCAGUUACAUGAUUUAUAGCCAUAUAAAACGGCAUUAAGAGUUCAUUCAGUACGGUUAUCAACUCUCAAUUUUCAAGAUAAUUUCCAAAAUAACUGGGAAUAUGUUGUUCCUGCUUUUAAAAAACAAAAAUGAUGUUUGUACACACUCUUAUACACACUUUUGUACACACCUAUGUCUGUGAAAGCUUUUUUUUGUCUGUGAACAUAGAUUCACACAAAAAAAUUGAAAUUUUUGCACACAAAAAUUGUACUCCGUACUAGUUAUACACUUAUACUUGACAUAUCAAUGACCAUAUUGAUAAGAUGGUCGAUUGAUUUGCUAAGGUCAUGAUAGGGCCGUUCACUUGAAUGAAACAAAAUUCUGCAUAAUAGGAUCAUGUUAGUACUCC